CAUAGAGAUGGAGAUGCGCAGCAAGAGCGCCGCCCACUUCCCGGCGCCGUUAGGACUCGACGGGACUGGAGUCGCUCUGCUCCCUCCUUAAUCUUGCGUCCCGCAGUGUCGGGCUGGAGCGUCGCCUCAGCCCUCCCCGAUGGCGUGUCCGCGCCCCGGGAGAAGCGUCCCCGUGGGGUGUGGGGAGGAACACGGGCCCCUCGCGGCUGCCGACCCGGCUCCGGCCCGCCAUGCGCUGGGGCAGCGGGGGCGUGUUUAGAGCUGGGUGGUCGCGAGGCUGGGGGCGGCGUUACGGCAGCUACCCGCCGACCCGCAGCAGCGUCCGGGACUGCACGAGGCUGGAUGAUGGCAUCCAUUUGUGAGCGUACUUUCAUUGCUGUCAAGCCUGACGGAGUCCAGCGGGGACUAGUGGGAGAAAUCAUCAAGAGAUUUGAACAGAAGGGUUUCAAACUGGUGGCCAUGAAAUUCAUGCAAGCCUCUGAAGACCUUCUAAAAGAACACUACAUUGAUCUGAAAGAUCGGCCAUUCUACGCUGGUUUGGUUAAAUAUAUGCACUCUGGACCUGUUGUAGCUAUGGUGUGGGAAGGUCUUAAUGUGGUGAAGACUGGCAGAGUAAUGCUGGGGGAAACUAAUCCAGCAGAUUCAAAACCUGGCACCAUACGUGGUGACUUCUGUGUUCAAGUUGGCAGGAACAUCAUUCAUGGCAGUGAUUCUGCAGAAAGUGCUGAGACAGAGAUCAACCUGUGGUUCGCUCCUGAGGAGUUGGUUGAAUACACAAGCUGUGUUCAUCAGUGGAUUUAAGAGCUAGUCUGCUAUGGCAGCGCUUUUACGUGGCCUGUGUAAUCGGGGCAGAGUGCUGGGAGAGAGCUCCCAGCACUCUAAAAAAACCACUUCCACGAGAGGCUUAGCUACCAGCACUGGUACAGUCUACACUGGCGCUUUACAGCACUGAAACUUGCUGCGCUCAGGGGGGUGUUUUUUCACACCCGAGUGAGAAAGUUGCAGCGCUGUAAAGUGCCAGUGUAGACAAGCCCUCAGAGUAAAACCUGGUCUGUGACUUUUAACAUCCACUCAUUUCAAUGAUUAUGAACCCAGAAACAGUUCCUAUUGCCAUUAUCCUUUAGUUAUUUCAAGGCACUUCUGUAUAAACUGGUGGAAAUCUC